CAAAUAGGCAUCAGAUCCAACAGUAACCCUAUAUACGUCUGUAUCACCGAUCAUCGAUCAUUGAUCAUCGCGGGUCUCGUCAGCGCCUCGCCCUCGUCCGCGUUCAGCAGCACCCGAAGCAGUUCCAACCUGAGAUGUGCGUCGUACCUUUCUUGGGCGACUUGUUCGUAUUAUGCAAGGCUCAUUGCCAACGAACUAAUAUUUGCCACAUGCCUACGGCACUUUCAGCGCUCACACGCUCUCACAUACGCCUCCCGCUCCACCGCCUAACAUCCUUCACCUGUUUAUGUACAUUUAUUCAUCAAGAAUCCCCGAUCGGCGUUCUCAAGCGACCCUUCCUUUCUUCCUUCGAACAAAAUCAGAGGCACUCCGCCAUCUGGGGUCCCGCAACUCGCACACCGUUCGGCGGUGUGUGUGUAUAGGCAUGACGCCGAGAUCGCUGCUUG